AUGCAACAGAUUGGCUUUACUUACAAAUUCCUAGCGGACGACCGUAAGUUUAAGAAGGUUGCGUUGAGAUAUCAUAUUGUCCUUGUUUCAAUUCUGUUUGCUCUGCUGCGUUUUGUUUUUCCAAGGGGAAACUAUGAGAUCUUCGACGAUGUGUAUACCUUUGCGAGUUUCCGUUGGUUGAUGGGGAUAUUGGCUGGCAUGAUGGCAUCUACUUAUUCCAUGGCCCUAGGCGUCCGUGCUUACUACAAGGCCAUCGGUUCAUGCGAUAGGGUUUACGAAGAGAUGACUGGUAUGGUUUCGUCAUCCUCCAAAGUCCCGCACACCGAUGAAGAAACAAUGGAUGUUGAAGUGCAAUUCGAAGAACAGUGCCAAGGGAAGUCCAAUGCUGAAAACAUAACACAUGGAGUAUCUUCUCAGUCUAAGAAGGUGAAGAAAGUUGUGGUGCCAAGGUCUGGUGUGUGGAAGCAUUACACCAGAACCAAAGACAGCCGUGACAAGUGCAUUUGUCACUAUUGUCAGAAGGUCUUUUCCUGUGCUAGCAAAUCAGGAACAUCAAACCUCCAGAAGCAUCUGACGAUCUGCAAGGAGUACCAAUCAUGGUUGACCAGUCAAGGGAAAGAUCAAACUGAGAUUAAUACCCAAGGCUAUCUGAAGUCAUCAAGGGUCUCAGAGCCGGUAUUCAGAGAAGCCUCUAACGAGUUGAUUGUGUUAGGCGAGUUGCCUCUUUCAUUUAUUGAAAGUGUGGCUUGGAAAACCUUCUGCAACAAGGUUAACCUUUACAAGCCUCACUCGAGGAGGACUGCUACUCGAGACAUUGUUGAGAUGUUUGCGAGAAAGAAGACAGCUUUGAAGAACAUGCUUCGCACAACGAAGCAAAGAGUGUCACUUACUACUGACAUUUGGGUUUCUCAAGUCACAGGUGCUAGUUAUAUGGUAAUAACAGCCCAUUUCAUUGACGCUUCAUGGCAGCUCAACAAGCUCAUCCUCGGCUUCAAGUACGUGAUGGACCAUAAAGGUCAGACCAUAUCUACUGUCCUCUUAGAGUGUUUAGCCGAAUGGGGAAUCGAGAGAGUCUUUUGCAUUACAGUAGAUAAUGCUACUGCUAAUACGUCUGCUAUUAGGAGAUUCCAUACGCAAUUUAGAGAGGUUGGCCCUGAUGCUCUAGUUUUGGAUGGUAAUUUCUUGCACAUGAGGUGCUCUGCUCAUAUCAUUAAUUUGAUUGCUAAAGAGGGUUUGACCGAGGUAGGAGAGAAUGUGUUAGCCAUUAGGAAUGCAGUUCAGUACGUUCGUUCUUCAACAACUAGGCUGAAUGCGUUUGAUCUGAGAGUCACUAGUGGGAGAAUGAGCCGCGGUAGCUUGCCAAUGGAUAUUAAGACGAGAUGGAACUCAACUUUCCUCAUGCUGUCUAGAGCUUUACAAUUCAGAGCUGCAUUUGAUAGGAUGGAAGCUGAAGAUAGGCUGUAUAAUGACUAUUUCUUGGAGAUGGAUAAUGGAGUUAAGAGGUGUGGACCGCCUGCUUUGAGAGACUGGAGUGCUGUGGAGAAGCUGAAGAGAUUUUUGGUGAUCUUCUACAACAGCACUCUGGUUGUUUCUGCCUCGUCGAAGGUGAACUCGUACAAGUGCUAUGGAGAGAUCGUGACCAUAGAAAGAAAUCUCACUGCACUGGCCAACAGUUUUGAUCCCGAGCUGAAGGUUAAAGCAUCAGAGAUGUUGCACAAGUUUCUGAAGUACUGGGAUGGUAUCAAGAGUGUCAACAGGAUGCUGAUCUUAGCCACCAUUUUUGAUCCUAGGAAGAAGAUGCAAUUCGCGAAGCUUUGCUUUGAGAAACUCUAUGAGAAGGAGAGCUUGGAGUCUAAGGAAAUGCUGCAGUCUGUUGGUGAUAUUCUCAAGGACAUGUUCACUGAGUACAACACUCGUUUCAGAGGGUCAUCUGGUCAAUCCUCUCAAGCAAAUCAAGCAUCAUCUUCUCAGCCGACUCAAGAGUCUCAAGAUCAGGGCACGGAUAGAAUGGAGCUGGUGGUUGAAGAUUUUGGUUAUGAGAGGAUGGAUUGUGUCUAUAAGGAGCUGGUUGCUGAAAAGGGAGAGGAUACACGUGAUGAACUAGAAGUGUAUUUGAAGGAGCCAGUUGAGAACCCAAAGCUCAUAAUUGGUAUUGAGUACGACAUUCUUUCUUGGUGGAAGGUCCAGAAGAUGAAGUACCCUGUUCUUGCAGAAAUGGCUAGAGAUCUCCUCGCCAUGCAAGUGUCCUCAGUGGCGUCAGAAAGUGCCUUCAGCACAAGUGGUAGGAUCUUGGAGCCAUAUCGAAGCUGUCUAACACAUUACAUGAUAGAAGUCCUCAUGUGUACCGAGCAAUGGAUACAUGCUGACAUCAAGCUGAGUGAACAAGUCAGAACAAACGAACAAGUGCUUGCUGAAGUUGAGAUGCUUGAUCGACUUGAAAAAGGUUUGAAAUGCUUCUUCACUUUUAGUUUCAAGCCCAACGUCUUGAAGAUUGAAGUUGAGAAGUUCGUGGUUGAAGGUUGA